GAGAUCUAGGAAAAAAUGAGGACUAGGAACCGGCAUGGCUAGAGCACAGGAAGGACUGAAUUCUCAGUCCAGGUGCCCAGUCUUUCGCGAAUCUCUUCGUGAGGUCAUCUGCGGGGCGGUACUGAGGACUCCCCAUUCUCUCCGCAGCUCCAGUCACACCAGUCGCGUGCCGGGCCUCAGGAAGGAACCAUGGCAAAGGCUGCAGUCACUGGACGCAAUCGUUCCCUAAUUCUGUGCCUUUUCGUUCUACUUAGCCGUCUGGGAUCUUCUGUGCAGCCCUAUGCUGAUUCUCUUUGCUACGGCAUCACUAUUGGCAAGUCAGGGUCUGGAUCAUGGUGGCACAAUGCCCAAUGCCAACUGAAUGAAGAGACUUUUCUUUCCUGCAACACUAACAACAACUGCCAUCCCGUUGGUGCUCUGGGGAACAGGCUGAAUGCCACACAGUUCUGUGAAAAGCAGGUUAAUAUUCUGAAAGAUGGAGCUGACUUGUUCAAAAAAGUAGCACUUCACGUGAAUCUGAAGACUCCUGCAAUCAGAGAUCUGCAGGUCAAGAUGUGUUGUUGGUAUGAAGUAGAUGGACAUUUCAAUGGAUCCUGGGACUUCUACCUCAAAAUGUUGCAUGCUGACUCAAAAACUGGAGAAUGGACAAAAGUUGAUCCUGGAUCCAGCUGUAUGAAAGAGAUGUUAGAGGAAAACAAGUAUGUACCUAGCUUCUUAAAAAUGACCUCACAGGGAGACUGCAGGUCCUGUCUUAAAGAGUUGAAGUUGCACUGGGGAGAAAAGCUGGAGCCUACAGCCUUGACAACUGCUGUUCCAGAUGUGGUUCAGCCUUCGUCCAUGGCCAUCAAGCAUAACAUCUCUGUCCUGCUGGUAAUUCUCAUGUGCUUGCUCCUGAAUCUUCUCUAAGAAGACUUACAUUGACAGGUUGAAGAUGCUCCAGAGAAGUCAUAAGGGUUCGUCUGGUUCAGACACUCACCCUUUCCAUCAGUCUCCACCUGAUGAAUCAGGAUGCUGUGGACACAGCAUUUCAUGGUGUUUCACUCUGUGCAGUCACUUAGGUCCUUUCUUAUCACCUUGUACUGUUUCCAUGGUGCUCCCUGGUGGGAUUUGCCGUUAACAUGGAACUACUUAAACUAGAGAUCUGGAAAAGACUGUGGUUAUGUACCCAUUCCUAGCAUAGGAAACAGGGUAACCAGAUCUCCUUAGUGGAGUAUCCUGUGU